ACAACUGCUUAUAAAAUCCUCUAUCAAUCCCUUCAUCAUUCCAAUUGGUUUAUAUUUUCUCUCUUUAUUUUCUAAUUCUGCGUGAGGUAGAGAGAGAGAGAGAGAGAAAAAGAUAUGGGGGCGUGCGCGACGAAGCCGGUGACUAAAGAGAGUGAGGUGCCUCUCCCCGCGGAGGAGGAGGCGAAGGUAGAGGCGGUCGAGAACAAGGAUAAAGAGGUAGCGGCGGCAGAGGCAGAGAGCAGCCAACAGUCUCUCAGUACGCUUUUGUCACGGGAAAUCGAGGUGGAGGUGAAGGAAACCAUAGCACCUGAAGAACCAGCUACAGCAGAAGCCAAGAGCGCCGAACCUGCAGCUACCAAAGUCGUCGUCGUCGAGCCCGCGAAAGCCAACGACGACAAGAAGCCGGCCGAGAUGCCGACGGAACCUCCGAAGGAGAAAGCCGGCGGCAGCGACGACAAGAAGGAGAAGCCGGCCGCCGUCGCCGACGUUGCCGUCUCCGAGAAGAAGGGGGCAGAUGCUCAACUCCCCGUCUCUGAUUCAUCAAAGGUCGCUUGAACAGUGUUUGCACGUUGCGUUGAGAUGCGUGCGCGCAUAUCAUGCAUGGGCUUGCAUGAACGUUGAAACACAUAUACGUAGUUUCUUCAACCUUCAUAUUCUUUUUUCUUUUUUUUGACCUUUUUUUUUGGGGUACAGUGAUUGUUGAAGCUUGACGUUGAUUAUCUUUUCUAUUUAGCUGAAUUAUUAA